CGAGGUGGUUUCAAUAGUUUCCAAGCAGUGAAAUGCCACCAGGAGAAGUGUCCGUUACUUUAUUUCCCUCAUGGCUACUGUGACGAUUUAGAACCGACUGGCUUCUCAAUGUUCUGUUCGUAUAGAAAAUGCAUGUUUUUUGUUCUUUCAUAUUAGCACUGUCAAGCAAAUGAGCCACCUCUUCUGGGAUUAUACCCUUGUGGAAACAUGAUACACUAACAGAACCGAUAUUCGUUAUUAUGGUAACAAUUCUGCAUGUAGCGUCGCUGACAGAACGACAAAAUAAGAAUAUGAGGGAUUUUGAGUACUUCGACGGGUUUCUGGGUUAUUUUCCCUUAUCUGUGGUGCACUGCGCAACAUUAAUGAUCCCCUCCAUCUUCAUAUUUCAAUUUGCUAACGUAAUGGUUCGACUGCAUCAGCGCCGCUGUAUGGAUGCCAAGGCCAUCCAGCACAGUUCGCUGGGGGCGCAAUGGUCCAGCGCAGUGCUGGAGCACAGUAUUCGGUAUGAGUAAAAAUCCGAAUGUUUUCCAAAUUCUCAAGACUUAUGCAAAGUGUCCUUUGUAAAUAUCUACUGAUAACUGCAAUAUAUGGUAACACAUUUUUUUUUUUUUUUUUUUAAAUGUAUAGAAAUAUUCGAAAAAUAGUGUGCUAGGAACAUUUUUGACAGAUUUAUGAACCACCUGCAUCGGAACAGUACUGUUUUGUGAAUGUGACAUGCUUAUUAAUGACAGGUAGAAUGUUUGUCAUGUAGAUGUUGUUACUGUGAGCCCAACAGUCGUCUCUGGCUCGCUGUCUCUCGCCGCUCCGCAAGUGUCAGCCCCUCCAGCGGCGGCGGCGUCUGAGAGCUCACCCUUUUUUCAAUAGCUUAAGGGAAGACUCAAUGUAAAGUGUUUACAAAUUUGGGUUGUAGAACAGAUGUAAAUUAAUUAUGGCUCCUAGAUAGGAAUUGCUUUUUUAAUUCAUUUUUGUAAGCCAAGAUGAUUUAGUAUAAAAAAACAAAUUUUUAAGUUUCAAAUGUGCCUUCCAAACUUUAGCACCCAUGAAUUUUAUGCUGAUGGCAGAUAUUUGUCAGGACAUUGAGUUUUGGUAAUCUGGUGAAGAGCUUAGAUUUUUUCUUUCUUUUUUUUUUUAUAUAUGUGAAGUUAGCUGCUGGAUUUUCAGUUAUCUCACUCAAGGUUAUCUUUGUGUGUUACAGGUUUAGGUGGUGCUGGUAAUGUGGAGUUGUAAGGGGUGCUCAGAAAAAGUGUCAAGUAGGUCCAAACUUUUGCAUACAGAAGACAUGAAGUUGUUCGUGAUGCACCGAUGGUGGAGGCUUUCAUGUCAAGAUGGCCUGGUCUAUUUGACAUUAGAGAGAUAAAUGCUGAGUUUAAGAGAAUUACGACCAUACCGCUUCAUUCAAAGUUCUUCUCUCAACUGGAUCUCCACUGUGACAACCCGCGGAAGCUCUUCAAAAGAAGAGGAGGACAGCUCGGACAAAAGCUUAGACAAAUUGUUGCACAAAUGGAUGAUUGUGAAGAUGUUGAUGUUGCACGGGAGUGUGUCAUUAAGGGAGUCUGCAUAUAUAUGGGAGAAGAUCCAGCCAAGCUCAUCCAUAAAUAUGUGGGUGUGGAUGAAGCUAAUAUUGAAGAGGGUAUUGGAGCCACCACCAUCGGUGUUUUUCAUCUUAAAGACUGUUCUUCAGCAGAUGAAGACAUCGGGGUCGUUCUUGAAGGCAUCAGAGUGUUGUCCAAUUUGGAUAGUGUGCCAACAGCUGUUGCAAUGCUUUUUGGACUGAUUAAUGCAAUGAACCUCGCCUACCCUGCUGACCUCCGCUACACUUUCGAGGUAUUACAGAAAAUAGUAAUGGAACUGGAUGGAGGUAAACUGUCAAACAAGGCAUUGUCCCUUAAAAACCACCUCUAUGAGUGAAUAGAGAUUUUCUCAUGUUUAAUUUGGUAAUGUUCUCAUGUUCAGUUUUUGUAUUUCUUGUUGUAUUCUUUAUUGGAGGACACAAAUGUAUUUUUUUAAUGAGGAACGUUCACCUGAAAGACUGGGCUUCAGCAGCUUUUACGUUCCAGUAUGUAGUGCUACUUAUAACACUACUGCUACUUAGUGUUACAAAUAUGUUAAAGAAAUUUGCUAUAAAAGUUACAUUACACUGAUUUAUUGUCAUGCAAAUUACAUGUUCAGAAUUGUUUUAGAAAUUUUACAUACUUUUCUAAAUCAUUUUGUCUUUCAUAUUAAUAUCUUAUAGAUAAACUUUUAAGAUGUAGUGUUUCCCUUGUAAAAAAAUGUUCUUGUUUUUACACAUUUGUUUAGACUAUCACUAUGGUAUUACAUAGUAAUCAGUAAGACAUGUGACAGAUAAUUGGUGUAAAAAGUUUAGCUUUGUCUCAUAUUGACAUAACAUACUGAUAGUUUUAACAAAUAUGUUAAAAAAGUCUGUAAAGCUAUGUACUGCAGCAUUAAUUAAUGUCAUUUGAAUACAUGUUCAAAAACAGUUUGUAGAAAUUUGACAUACUUUUCAUAAUCUUGUACAUCUUUUAUAGAAAUAUGUCUCAGGUUUUCCUUCAUGUUCAUAAAAAUUGUAUUUACUAAAUUUAAAAAAAUUUAUGUCUCUUCAAUUUAAAAUAUGUUAAGUACAAAAUGGUGUGAUUUAAAUUUUCUUUCAAAUAAAACUAAUUUGUUCAGUAGCACUCGCUUUCUUUGUCUUUCUUGUCAAAUAUCAGUCUUUAAUUUUUUACAGUAGAACAGCAUAUAGAGAACUUGAAAAAAUUAAGUAGGAUUUAAAGCUGUAACAUGUGUUCCAUUAACAUGAUAGAAUUGUGUUCGCCCAACACAAUUUCAUUGAGUAAUACUGGCAAUGAAAAAUAAGCUGGUGUUAUUCAUUACAAUAGUGUUGCUGAGACAUAAAAAAAGUUAUUGAUAAUACAUAAUAUAUUUACAUUAUGGUAAGAGAUAAAAUGUUUGUAGUUUCAACUUAAUAUUUUCAAGUAAUCUCAUGUAAAUAAAAUAUGUUGAUUUGACGAGCUUUAAGUAUUUGAGGGAAAGAGGGAAAAUAUGUCGGUUCUACUUAUUUGCAUUGUGUGGGACGGAUGUACACAAUAAAAUUAAGUAAAAUGAACAGCUUUUUUCUUUC